AUGCCUGAGUUCAAAGCUGAAGAUCAGAGCCAGCUACAGCUCGUCGAAAGAGAAGAAAUCGAAGAUGAAGAAGAAAUGUUCGAGGCGAUUGAUAAGCUGACAUCUCUUGGAAUCAAUGCUGGAGAUGUGAAGAAGCUGCAGGAUGCUGGCAUUUAUACAUGCAAUGGACUAAUGAUGCACACUAAGAAGAGUCUGACUGGCAUCAAAGGACUGUCUGAGGCAAAAGUUGAUAAGAUAUGUGAAGCUGUUGAAAAAAUAGUGAACUUUGGUUAUAUUACCGGAAGUGAUGCUCUGUUGAAAAGGAAAUCAGUCGUUCGCAUCACAACUGGAAGCCAGUCUCUGGAUGAGCUCUUAGGGGGUGGGAUAGAAACUUCGGCAAUAACAGAAGCUUUUGGGGAAUUCAGAUCUGGAAAAACACAGCUGGCUCACACUCUGUGUGUGUCCACACAGCUUCCUACUAGCAUGAAAGGAGGAAAUGGAAAGGUCGCUUACAUCGACACAGAAGGGACAUUCCGACCGGAUCGAAUCAUACCCAUUGCUGAAAGAUUCGGAAUGGAUCCAGGAGCUGUGCUUGAUAAUAUCAUAUAUGCGCGUGCUUACACAUAUGAGCAUCAGUACAACCUGCUUCUUGGUCUAGCAGCCAAAAUGGCUGAGGAGCCUUUCCGGCUUCUGAUUGUUGAUUCAGUGAUAGCCCUUUUCCGAGUCGACUUCACAGGAAGAGGAGAACUUGCAGAACGUCAGCAAAAAUUGGCCCAGAUGCUCUCGAGGCUGAUGAAGAUUGCGGAGGAAUUCAAUGUGGCUGUUUACAUGACCAACCAAGUUAUUGCUGACCCUGGAGGGGGUGUCUUCAUUUCCGAUCCAAAGAAACCAGCUGGGGGUCACGUCCUGGCCCAUGCAGCCACCAUAAGGCUCAUGUUCAGGAAGGGCAAAGGCGAGCAACGUGUCUGCAAGGUGUUUGAUGCCCCAAAUCUCCCUGAAGCUGAACAAGUUUUCCAGAUAACUCCAGGAGCUGGGCCGCCGCCGGGGUGGCUAUCGGGUGGAGACACGCCGGCGACCCCAGCCCUUGCUGCUAGGCGGCCGCCGGAGCAGUUAGAGAUAGCGGCGAAUAGCCCGACACAGGUGGGCGUGAUGCAAACGCCGACGAGACCGAGUGCGAGCUUACCACUCCAAGAAGUAGGCGGAGAGGAGCUGCAACCCCAAGGAGGGGCGGCGGAGGAAGCCGUCGCAAAUACCCAGCUUUCCAUCCCGGAGCAGCCCAUACAAACCGGAAAUCCUUAUUACUCCUGCUAA